ACGAAAUGACGUCAUUAUAUUCAAACCGAAAACAACAUGUCCGCUUACAGUAGAAGAAGUGAUUUUGAUUUCAGUCGCAAAACAAACCCGUUUGAAGACGAUUCCGACGAUGAGUUUGAAAAGGUCAACGGAGAUGAAAUACGGAGUCAGAUGCAGAUGGCAAGGGAAAGGACAACGGAGAGUACAAAACGGUGUUUAGCUCUGAUUGAAGACUCACACGACAUGGCUGUCAAAACCGGAGAAGAACUCCAGUGUCAAGGAGAAAAACUGAAUCGAACAGAACGCAACUUAGACAAGAUAAAGAGCGACAUGAAAAUCGCAAAAAGACACAUCAAAUCGGUUAACAGCAUUUGGGGAGCCUUGGGCAAUUAUUUCAAGAAAGCUCCCCAACCGAAAGAAAACACUCAACAAACUUCGAGUCAUACCGACAGUGGUUUGUCAGGUUUAAAAGAUGACUCUUCUCUGUGUUAUCCCGGUAGAGACCGCGAAAGUGGAAGCAAAGGCUACGGAGCAUGGACAGGAGAAGCUGGUCAAUUUGAAAGAAGGAGCUUUUCCUCGCGCGACCCAUACGAAAGGGAAAUCGACGCAAAUCUGGAUCUUGUGUCACGAGGCUUAGGCCGGCUUAAGGAAGACGCAUUGAUACUUGGUAGCGAGAUCGAACGGCAAAAUGAACAGCUAGACAGAAUUGGAGUAAAGGCAGAUGUAGCUUACAAAACGGUUGAGGAAUCAGAUAAAAAAGUUCGACGGAUCUUGAGGAAAUAACUGACUUUUAGCAAAUAUUCCAUGGAAAUUCCAUGGAAUAUUGAAAUGUUGAUUUAUGAAUAUGCCAUUCCUGGCAUUGAUCUGUGAUGGAUCAUGAGAAAAAUGAGCUUGAGUUGAAAAAAGUUAUAUAACUUUGAUAAAGCACUAGAAAAUUUCUAAAGGAACAAUCUGAGGAACUGAAAAAUGAGUUUGAGUUUAAAAAAGUGAAUGUAGUUAAGCACUAGACAAUUAUUUCCAAUGAUGUUUGAGAUCACCAACAGUUUUUAUGAACCUCACAAACUUUAUGACUUUAUGGCACAUCUGUUAUUUUAAGUUGCAGAUUGUUCCUUUGUAGUGGAUGUGAUUGUUGAAAAAUUAAAUCAUGUUAACUUCAAGUGUAGACAGUUCCAUUCAGACAAGCAAUGCAAAUUUGGCUUCAUUCUUGUUCUGUUUUAUACAACACUACAAAACACAGAUAAAGUAUUUUGUUCAUA